CUUUGCCGCCGAUCACAACUCCGAACUAGAGGCAGAACCCGAAACCCGUGCUCCACGGGUCGGAUCGAGGGCCUCCAGGAACCGGUUUGGGCUCUCUUCAUGCUAUCUCGGGGAGAAAUCUCAGAAGCAAGAGCAGCAACCGCAGCCUUUGGAGGGAGCUAGCUACAAUGAAACUAACGAUGAGGUUGGAGGUAGAAAGAGGGAGAAUGAAGACGCUGAAGACGCCGAAGCUGACGGAACGGCGCAGAAGCCAUGGAAUUUGAGACCGAGGAAAUCGAUUUUCUCCAGAGGUACGGGUGAGAUCGGUGUGGGAGGUCCGAGGAAUGGAGAAUUGCCGGAAAACGUUUCAUUCGCUGCCACGGGUCAUUCGGCUCAGCAGAAUGAGAACCCUCCACAGCCGAAAUCGCUUCGCUUGAGGGGUUACGCUGAGAUGCAGAAUACGGAAAGAAAGGAGAAGAGGAAAUUCUGGAUCGCCUUGUCGAGGGAAGAGAUUGAAGAGGACAUAUUCAUUAUGACUGGGUCAAGACCCUCUCGGAGGCCAAAGAAAAGGCCAAAGAAUGUGCAGAAACAGCUCGAUAGCGUUUUUCCUGGAUUGUGGUUAGUGGGGUUCACUGCAGACGUUUGCAAGGCGGCAGAUACUGCAGCAAAGAAGUAGAGAAGCUACAGCGAAUUGCAGUUUGCCAACAACACAGUUUGGUGGCCGCGGUAACUGGGACCUGUAAUGGAGGUAUAAAUGCGCAGAAUUUUGUAGAGCGCAAAAGAUUUGCGAAAUGGGUAUGUUGAAAAGGGGGGAAAAUUGGGA